GCCCAAAUCGAUUUAUAUGAAUUUCUAACGGAAGCUGAACUGCAGCAUUACUAUAAUGCCGUCAAGAAUGAACUUAAAAUUACGAAUGCUUCGCAAUUUAAAUAUGCCACAGAUGAGGACCUUAAAAGCAUUAGUAUGUCACGGCCAGAGAUACGACGUUUGCGUAAAUUCUAUGAAAAACAUUUCCCCCACGGUUAUCUUAGCAAAAUUAAGCGUUUAUUACAAGCUCCCACAGCUAUCGUGAAGCGUGAUGAAUCUUCGGGAAGCGGGGCAGGUGGUAGUACGGGCACCUUGGGCAAUGCCUCUUCAACGCCUGGUAAUUUGAAUAGUUCUUCGGGAGCGAUUAAUAAAAACAAUAGUUCUCCGAGUAAGGCGCCCAACAAUAAACAUAUAAUACCAGCUGAUGCCAUUAGUGUUAAUAAGAAGCUGGGUACCGGUGAGUUUGGGAUUGUGCAGCAAGGUGUUUGGACCAACGGUACAGAGAGGAUUCAAGUGGCUAUUAAGUGUUUAUGCCGUGAACGUAUGCAAUCAAAUCCAAUGGAAUUUUUAAAGGAGGCUGCAAUUAUGCAUUCCAUCGAACAUGAAAACAUAGUACGCUUAUAUGGUGUUGUCCUGGCAACCGAUUCGUUAAUGUUAGUCACAGAGUUAGCUCAUUUACGUUCGCUCUUCGAGUGCUUGAAAGAUGCCGGCUUGAGAGUCAGUUUUCUUACCGUUCCCACUUUAUGUGAGUUUGCUUUGCAAAUCUGCAAUGGUAUGCGCUAUUUGGAAAAUAAACGCUUGAUACAUAGGGAUUUGGCUGCUCGUAAUAUAUUGGUAUUUAGCAAGAAUAAAGUGAAAAUUUCCGAUUUCGGUUUGUCGCGUGCAUUGGGUGUAGGCAAAGAUUAUUAUAAAACUAAUUUUAAUGUUAAUCUUAAGCUUCCGAUAGCCUGGUGUGCUCCCGAAUGCAUUAAUUAUUUACGUUUUACUAAUGCCUCAGAUGUUUGGGCGUAUGGUGUUUGUUUAUGGGAAAUGUUCUCUUACGGUUUUCAACCGUGGGCGGCUUUAACGGGACUGCAAAUUUUGGAAGCCAUAGAUGCACCAAACUAUCAGCGUCUUGAACAACCCGAAUGCUGUCCCCGUGAAUAUUACAAUUUAAUGAUGAAAUGUUGGCAAGAUGAUCCUAGUAAGCGUCCAAAAUUCAAUGAAAUCUAUGAAAUGCUGCCCGAAAUGAAACCGGAACAGCUAAAGGCCGUUGAUAACUGCUUGGAAUCGAAAACUAAAGAUCAUUUGAUUUAUAGACAGAAUGAUAUAAUAACUGUAUUAGAUCGUAACACGGGUACGCCAUUUUGGAAGGGGGUCUUAAAUUCUGGCAAAACGGGUUUAUUUAAUCCAUCGAAUACAGUUGCUUAUGUGGAGGGUUUGCCCACACUAAAUAGAGAGUCCUUUAGUCGUAGCACCAGUGAUCGUGCUAGCAGUAAAAGAAAAUUGCGUACGGAAAUGAUUUCGAAACCACAAAAUGAUUUUAAACAUACCGGCCACGUGGGUAUUGACGGAGCUUCCUUUGGUGAUAUUGCAUUUCUGGGAUCGUCUCAAAACUAUAAUCACGUGCCCCGUCAAAUUGUUACGCCGUACAAACCAUCCGAGGAUAUUGAGCAAACACCGCUUUUACUGCCACCAACGCCCACUAGUCCAGAUUCUUUACAGACUGCGUCUGGCUAUUUUGCUGAUGAUAGCCAACACAGUACAUCGACUAUGAAUCCUUCAUUUAUUCCAUCAACUGAAAAUACUCCAAAGAAUUUUAAUAACACUAAUAGACAAUCAAAUACCUUCGAAUUUCCUACUGAUCACACGAAUACAAACACGAAUCCAUUUUCUAUGCAUAAAGCAGGCGAAGAUAAUGCAAAUAUGACAAUGGCUUUACAAAAUAACAAUUAUGGCGUAGAAAAUAAAGAACAAUUAUCUUGGCGCCAAACGCUAACCGCCGCUAACAGGCAAAGUGAAAGUUUCGACGAGCCUCAUCAGUAUCACGAGAUAUCAGAUGAUGAUGAAAUGACUCCCGAUAAAUUAGAUUUCGGACCAUCGUUAUUAGAUGAGAUCAAUUCUAUGUUUGGUUCUAUGACAGCAACGACCAGCACAACAUUAACAACAACAAUUACGCACAAUAAAAAUGCUGAAAUUGAUAAUUCGAAUACUAAUACAAAUACUCAUAAUAAACGUGGUGAUUUUUCGGAUCUAACCUCAAAACUUAUACGAAAAAAUAGUGCUGGUGCAACGAAGAAGUCUAAGAAUUCUUGUGGCGUUGUAAAACCGAUUUCGGUAAAAGAUGAAAGAAUUUUGAAUCAAGCUAUUGAGAUUGCCAAUGAAAUUAGUGCCAGAUCUAUGUGUAGCUUGGUUUCCGAUCAACCGCCACCAUCUACUCAAAGUCCUAAGCGUAAAUUUAGUUUUCGUUUUCCUCAUCUCAGCAAUCAUCCAUCUAGUGUUGAAAAAACUCAAACAAAUAUUGGUUUAAACACGGCUGGCGUGGGCACAGCAAGUAGCACCAGUCACUUGCAUACUUUAUCACCAAAUUCCAAAAAGAAGAACUUCACUGAGGAAUUGAAAAGUAUACCGGAUUUGCAAGAAAUUAUCGGUGAAGAAGGUCGUGAAGCGUAUAAAAGCUUAAUAGAACGCAAACCUUUAUUAAAUGCUACGACCGCUGCUUGCUUAUUGGGACAAUUAGAUCCACAUAUCGAUCGUCUUAAUAUGACUAAAACCUUGCCUAGACGUUCUAUGCAACGCGAUGAAUUUUGUUUAAGUCACGGCGUUAACAAUUUCACGACUUCGCCUAGAUUUAACGGUGAUAUUGAUAGAGAUUUGAUGAUACCACCGUUACAAAAUGCUCCACGUCCUACUACGUUGCCAACAAGGGGAGCGGCUAAUCGAGCUCGAAAAGUGGAAUUAGGUUUAUUACCUUCAAGUCCGCAACGUGAUAGCGUCGACAGUAGUCACAGUUUUACGGCUGCGAAAACAUCUGAUAAUAUUUCACCUUGUGAGAGUCCCAGCUAUGUAACAAAUACUGCCAGUUUCAAAUUGCCCGAUUCAAUGCCAGCAGACUUGAAUCCUCUGCCUGUACCGCCGAAGGAGGGUAAAAAACAUAUACAAACAAAUCCUAAAAGGCAUGUACGUAAAUAUCCCUUAAUACUGCCCGCUAAUGGUGUACAACGUACUCUCAAUAAAGUGAUUGGAACUGAGAAUACAAAUCUAUGUAAUAUGGCUGUAACGGUGAAUAUGACGCCCAAUCUUUGUAUAAAAAAAACUUCGCAAAUUGCCAGUCCCACAUCACCGUCAGCGCCAGCAGCAGCAGCAGCAGCAGCAGCGGAUUAUGAGAAUUUUAAAAAUAAUGAACGAAAUUAUCAAAAUGUCGAUCAUUCGACUACGGAUGAUAGCGCCUCUCUACAAUUUGAAUCCAUAUUGGAAGCGGACUUUAAUAAGGAUCAAGUCUUGCAUACACCAGAUGUUACAGAUGGUUUUUACAAUUUCUCUAUACAAAAGGAACACUAUCAUAAAAGCAAAGAAGUAGAAUACGAUCCGAAAAAACUUACCGGUUUGUAUGUUAAUGAGGAUGAAUUAAGAAAUUUGGAUAUUGAUGGGAAUUUGGAAAAAUUGAAGGUGAACGCUACUGAACAUAUUAGGAAAAUCGGAAUUCAAAAUGGUAUGAAAAUGAAAACACCACCAAAACAGGAGGAACAAAUAGUCGAGAAAUUAGAUGAGAUUAAGACUCAAACAACCACCACUCUUAAAAUGCCGUCACCUUCGUCAUUGAAGGUGACAGAAAAUUCUGAGGAAAAUCUUGACGAUGAAUUUAAGAGUCGAAUUUCACCGCCUGUUGGUAAUGCGAAUCCGAAACGACUGUUUUAUGUUAAAACUGCUAAAAAUGAGUUGGCCGGACAUGCUUUAUUUCAAAAAGUACGCGAAUCGGCCGAUAAGGCCUCGGCAGUGCAAACAUCGGAUAACGAGGCACAGCGUCAUUCUACGCAAGUGUUGAAAACUGAUAUAACCGAGGGGGAAUUUUUUACGGCCGCUGUUAAUCGUUUAGGUGCCUCCAAUUCGGUUAGCUGUGAAGAUUUGCUUGAAUUCGCGGACAAAAAACCAAAAGGACGUGAACGUGGUAUUGAUUCUGACGAGGUACGCAUUAUGGUGAAAGUUUUAGGAAAAGAUGCUACACCGGAACGUUGCUUGGCCUCGCUGGAAUUCAUCAAUUGGGACGUACAUAAGGCCAUUAAGAUUUUAAAGUUACAAAAUAUUUUAAAUACAUUAAAUUUAACAUUGGCAGAGACUGUUGAUCACUUGCAAAGUUGUGACUGGGAUUUACAUACAACCGCUAGACGUCUCAAAAUCAUGAAAGCUUGAAUUUUCUCCAUAAAAGCAAAUCGCUUACGUUACAAUAACGACUGCAACAACAAAAAAGGAGUUUUGCGUUUAUAAAGCCAUUUAGAAUUUUGUGAGUUUUUAGUUUGUUUAUCAUUAAUUUAAUAUUUUCAUCGAUAUAGUUAUUCUUUAUGUGUUCUCUACUAUCUAUUCAAAUCGGUGACCGCGGAUGUUAAGAAAGCGUUCAGAAAUCCCUUCUUGUCGUUGUCGUCCAUCAGUGAAAGUAUGGGACGGAAGAACUCCAUGACAUAUAAAUAACAUUUGCCCUUGACGUUUGCCCUUCCAAUCCGAUAUCUACAGUACGUAGGAAAGGUAGAGUAGAUCUGCUCUCUAAUUCCUGUUUAAAAAAUAAAAGUAAAGCUGGAAUAAAACCUGCAAUCCAAA